AUGGCAAUGACUUUACAGAACAGGGAUGCAGACGGUGACCGUUUCUGGUUACCACACCGCCAGGAUCUUGCGCCAAAGAAGGGAGCCAAAUCACUCAAUGUUGGAAUCAUAGGCGCCGGCAUCGCCGGUUUGACGGCUGCUAUUGCGAUGAGCCAAAGUGGUCAUGACGUUGAAAUUUUCGAACGGUCCGAAUUUAAGAGUGAAACUGGUGCUGCCAUAUCUUGUCCACCAAAUUCGUUUCGAAUUCUUAAGUUCUAUGGGAUUGACGUCGCUUCAGCUAGAGGAGGUGAGUAUAAUAGUGCGGUAUAUUAUGACUACAAGGAACCGGAGACCAAAGAUUACGUGGACUUUUCGGGCUACCGAUCAAAAUAUCAAGCGCCUUGGGCAUUUUUCCACAGGGUCGACUUGCACAAUGAACUCAGGAGACUCGCAGUCCAGCCUCCGGAUGGCGAUCGUAAACCUGCAAAAUUACGGCUCUCUUCCUCGGUCAAAGAUGUGCAGCUUGAUGGUACAAUAGUGUUCCAGGACGGCAGAACCAUAAAGAAAGAUCUGGUUAUUGCGGCAGACGGUAUCCGCUCUGCCUUUUUAUCGCAAGUGGUUGGACAUGACGUCUACCCUGAGCACUACAUGUCUAUGAUUCGAUUCCUUAUUCCCUCGCAUGAGUUUCUGAGCAUGCCCGAAGCUCGCUGCCACUUUGAAAGCGGCAUGACAUCACUCAAUAUUGUCAAAGGUGGUGACAAGAGCAUCGUGUUUUAUCCUUGUAGGGAGGGAACACUUCUGAACGUUGGCGUUCUCACCCCACCGGAAGUGUGCAAGAGUGCUGACGGAGAUGAUCUGCCUCUAACCCAAGACCUAAUCGACAGUGCCACUAAGGAUUUUCAUAGCGUGUAUAAUGGGCUCUACAGGCUCAAGGAUACAUUUGGCCAGUGGAAACUUUUCAGGAGAGCGCCACUGAGUACCCUAGCAAAGGGGAAAAUCGUGCUAAUUGGAGAUGCUGCCCACCCUAUGCCACCCUUACGAGCACAAGGUGCAGCCGCUGCCAUCGAGGAUGCCGCGGCUCUGGGUGUACUCUUCUCCGACCUUGAAUCCGCCAGCGAAGUACAUGAUCGACUGGAAGCUUUCAACAAGCUUCGUGUUAGAAGGGUUGGAGGCACUCAAGUUUUGUCAUCACUGCACGAAUGGGAUCCAUUAAAACUUCCACAAGAGUACACAAAGUAUUUUGAUGCGAAAGUACCAUAUACGCACCGGGAAAUUGACAACUGGUUUUAUGACUAUAACCUCAUUACUGAAGCUCUAGAGGUUUUACAAGAAUACCAAAUGUCUAAAGAAACUAAAUGA